AUUGUUUAAAAUGUUACUUUUCAAAGGGGGUGUACUCAUUUACGCUGAGCACUGUAACUUAUAAUGUCUGCCUACGUCUUAUGAUCGAGAUUAAAACAAGAUUUACUUCAGUUUUUUUCUCGAAAGUCAUAAAAUAAAUUGAACCAUAAAUAUAUGAAGUGUCAAGACUAUUGUUUGAUAUGAUAAAUCAUUACUGAGGGAAAGCACCUGCAUACAUAAAUGUGUUGGAAAGGACUAAGGACAACACAAUGAGCGUGACACAUUAAAGUAGGCUAACAAAAAAAGAUGAUAAAGUGUAUAUUUAUUUACGUUUUUAGUUGCCUGUAAGUAGAAAGACAACCAACAUAAUUUUUAGUAUAUCACUGGAUACCAACAAGUAUGUACACAGUCCUAAGCAUAAAAAAAACUUUAAAAUUAAAUACAAUUUAAAUAAAAAUAUUUUAUAUAAUAAAUACAAUAGGCCUAAAAUAAAAACGUAGACAUGCAAAUAAUACACUUACGCACAACAAAUCAUAAAAUGAAUCAUCAGUAAUUUAUACCAGAGUAAUUUAUGUAUUUUCCUCCACUCACCUGGGAAAACAAACAGGACAGGUGCUUCAUUCUGAUUGCUUUUAUGACAGGAUCGAUUUAUCACAGGAUGAUGGCUUUAUGGUUCAACCUUUGUCCUUCACUCCUCUUCUCACAGUCGUCUUCUCUGUACAUUAGUGUUCAAUAGACCCUGAGAGCUUCUGCUUCAGUUGCUUUAACAGAAAUUAGAUUACCAAUAAAUACAUACUUUAUGUUUAUAAUAACACCUCUAUGAGAAUAUUAGGCCUAAAUUCUCACUCUGACAGUCACUGUGUGAGCUAGCCUUGUGAACUUGCUAUCUAGACAGCAAAAAUAAAUAUUUGCCUAUGAUGCCUAUACAUGCUGUCUUUGUAGGCAGCUCACUAGGUUUCGAGACACGGCCACUGACUAUGUUGUUCAUUAACACGCUCAGGUGAGAGCAUAGUGAUCAAUGUGAAAGUGAGCCUGUCUAGGACAAAAGACCAGCUUGGAUAAAACAACCUUAUUAGUUGUUCCUCUACAUUUUCCAUUCUUGGAAUAUUCUCAUAAAUAUGAUGAAGGAACUCAUCUGGACAACUACAAACUACUAUGAACUGAAACAUAUCGCAAUGAAAAUCAGUUUUAUCUAAACGUGUUGACCUCAAAGGCUGAGAGACUGCGUGUUUGUUUUUCUUCUUAACUUUUGAAUAUGGAUUACAACAUCUGGUUAUUUGCAUGUCUAUCAUGGGCAUUCCUAAAGCAAAGUCACUUUAUGAAAGAGUCUUGCUUUAAUGGAACUCUUCUGAUGAAUGUUAUUUUAUUGGAUGACGAAGUGUCGCCCUGGAGUAUCAAUUUUGUGAAGCCUGCGGUGAUGAGGGCUGUUGAAUCUGAUUCUAAGAUCAACUCAAAAGAUGGUGUGGAUUUAUCGGUUAAUUUCAGAGGGUUUCAAACCAUUUACUACUUAAAAAAAGGCUGCACCAGUAGCGCCUGUGAGGGAGUUGAAAUUUUAAAUGAUCUUGCGAAUGCAGGGGAGGAGGGAUGUGCUCUACUGGGACCAACCUGCACUUAUGCCACUUUCCAAAUGGUUGAUUUGGAGAUCGGUCUGAACCUCAACAUGCCCAUCAUAUCAGCAGGAAGCUUUGGAUUGUCUUGUGACUUCAAGAGAGAUCUGACUCGCCUUCUGCCUCCAGCCAGAAAAAUCUCCAGCUUCUUCUCUCACUUUUGGAAAUUCAAUGACACUAUCAAGCCUAUAUGGAACACAACGUUUAUAUACAAGAAGCAGAAUAACACAGAGGACUGUUUCUGGUACAUAAAUGCUCUUGAGGUAUCUUUGGGCAACUUUUCCAAACAUUUAGAGAAAACUGUGGUUCUACGAAGAGAAGACGAGCUGAGUAAGGUUCUGGGCAGCCUUAAACGGGAGAGCAACUUGGUCAUUAUGUGUGGGACACCUGAUGACAUCAUGGAUCUGAAGAACAUCACUAUGGAGUCUAAAGAUGAAACAGUUUUUCUUCUGAUUGACCUUUACAACGACAUAUAUUAUAAUGGGUCAUCUAACGAUGCUAUGAAGAAUGUCCUGGUGCUAACAAUGCCCAACACAAGACAAUACACCAUUGACACUUCUGGUAACAACACAAUGAAUGAUUAUAUUGCAGCAUAUCAUGAUGCAGUGCUGCUGUUCAGACAGGUGAUGAGGAACAUCUGGAACACGACCUUCUCAGAAAUUCAGGAUAUGGAGUCUUUCAGCAUGAACUACUUCAGAAACGUGUCUUUCAAAGGCAUAGCAGGAGAUUAUCAGCUGGAUGAAUAUGGUGACAGGGAUCUGAUAUUUUCUUUGAUCUACACUAACAAAGACAAUGAGUACAAGAUUCUUUAUGAGUUCAACACUUCCACCAACCACACACAGCUAACGGACAGCAAUCCUUCCUUGAGCUGGCCUCAGAGUCAACUACCUAAAGACCGUCCCUUAAUAGAUUCAAAAGGCCUGGAAAACAACAUCAUUGUCAUAGCAUUGUGUACUGCUGUUGUGGGGGUCAUGGGUACACUUGCCUUCAUCUUUUACUGGCAAAAUAGAAAUUACCGUCACAUGCAGAAAAGAUGGUCUCACAUUUCCUCAGAGCUCAUUACCCCAUUAGAGUUGAAUGAGUGGAAUAUGAUCUCUCUGAAGAUUGAGGAAGACUCUAUACAGAAUAGUAGCUACAUCCUACGCCGUGCACGCUAUGAUAAAAAGAUUGUUAUCCUUAAAGAGUUAAGACUCACAGAUGGAAGCUUCACUGAAAAACAGAGGAUAGAGCUCAACGCGCUAUUGAAAAUUGAUUAUUACAAUUUGACAAAAUUCUACGGGACAGUCAAAUUUGACAAUGAGUAUUUUGGCGUGUUUGAAUAUGGAGAAAGAGGAUCCCUUAGACAUGUACUUAAUGAUAAGAUUUCAUACCCGGAAGAGACCUUUAUGGACUGGCAGUUUAAGAUCUCUGUCAUGUAUGACAUUGCAAAGGGCAUGUCUUAUCUCCAUGCAAGCAACAUUGCAGUCCAUGGGCGUCUUAAAUCCACUAACUGUGUGGUUGACAACCGUAUGGUAGUGAAGAUUGCAGACUUUGGCUUCAAUACAAUUCUCAGUCCUAGUAAAGAUCUGUGGACGGCUCCUGAACACCUGAGGAAGCAGAGGGUGUCUCAAAAAGGAGAUGUGUACAGUUUCGCCAUCAUUUCCCAGGAGAUCAUGAUGAGGAAGUGCACAUUCUACACAAGAGCCUGCUCUGAUCGAGCUGAGAAACUAGCCAGAGUGCAAUACCCUAGUACGACCUCUUUCUUCAGACCUGACCUAAACUUUGAGAACACCAGUGAAAGAGAACAAGAGGUGUGCAUGCUGAUCAGAAAUUGUUGGGAUGAGGACCCAGACAAAAGACCAGACUUCAAAAAGAUAGAAAUCACUCUAUGGAAGAUUGUCAGUCUGGACAAUCAGGAACAUGAGAGCUACAUGGAGAAUUUGAUCCGCCGGCUACAGAUGUAUUCCCGUAACCUGGAGCGGCUGGUUGAGGAACGCACAGCUCUAUACAAAGCUGAGAGAGACAGAGCGGACUGCCUAAACUUCAUGCUUCUGCCUGGACCAGUUGUGCGCUCUCUGAAGGAAACAGGAAAAGUGGAGCCUGAGCUCUUUGACGAGGUCACCAUCUACUUCAGUGACAUUGUGGGAUUCACCACACUGUGCCACUUUAGCACACCUAUUGAGGUAGUGGACAUGCUCAAUGACAUCUACAAAAACUUCGACAGCAUCCUUGACAAUCACGAUGUCUAUAAGGUAGAGACUAUUGGUGAUGCAUACAUGGUGGUGUCCGGUCUUCCUCGACGCAAUGGGAACAGGCAUGCAAUGGAUAUCUGCUUCAUGGCACUGGACAUCUUGGCCUUCAUGGGCACAUUCCAGUUAGGCCAUCUCCCUGGGAUGCCUGUGUGGAUUCGCAUUGGUGUGCAUUCAGGGCCCUGUGCUGCAGGUGUGGUGGGAAUUAAGAUGCCCAGAUACUGCCUGUUUGGAGACACUGUGAACACAGCAUCUCGUAUGGAGUCCACAGGUCUACCACUACGAAUCCAUGUGAGUCAGUCAACUAUCAACAUUCUCCAGCGCACUGACUGCAAGUUUGAGUAUGAAAAGAGAGGAGAAACUUACUUAAAGGGUAAAGGAAAAGAGACAACAUACUGGUUGACGGGAGUUACAGGGCAGAAUUAUAAUCUGCCAACGCCUCCAACAGCGGAAAACUUCCAGAAUCUGCAGCAGGACCUGUCUGAAAUGAUAAAGACGUGCCUGGAGAAGCGGCCCUCCAGCUUAUGUAAGAGAAAGACCCUGUCAGCACGUCACAGGAAGCCCAUAGUGGAAGUGGAAAUGGAUUGCACAGAACUGCCAGAGUAUCUCCACCUGGCCACCGGUGACAGUCAAAGCACAUACCUGUAACCCCAAACCCUGAACAUGACACUAGCACACUGCCACAUCAGCAUCUGGACCAAAAGCCCUUUGUUGAUGACAGAACUGAAUUUCAAUUGAAAUCACUGCAAAAUGUAAAUACUGUAUAUUUGGAUUUAUAAAAAACAUUUAUACUUAGUGUUACAGCAUUAUCUAACAUUAUUCACUGUUAACAUGUGUUGUAGAGCUUAGCUUAGCUUAGGUUUUCUUUCUAAAAAACGUCUAAUUGUUCUUCUUAAACUAAACAGACAUGCAUUAAUGCCUAACCACACAGUGAUAUUAAGCACUGUCAAUCAGUGAACGUUUAUGAAGAAUGAGAGUGUAACAGCAGAAUGCUUUAUAGGAAAGAUAUUUAAUUUUCAGCCAAAUAAUAUUAUAAUAAACAUGCUAAACGCUUCACACAUUUUUGAAAAAGAAA